AUGGGUUCCAGAGGGGAUAAGAAGCCAUCGAUGCCCUCCGGGAGCCGGCUGACCAUCCGUACCCUACCCGAUCUGAACCGGAGUUCUGAGACGGGAUCCAAUAGCGACUCCGAUAGGCCGCAGGAGGCUUCAAGGAUACAUGUGGAUGUUUUAGGCAUUAUAACCUUGCAAAAUGGUAUGCUUGUCCAAGAUCCUUUGAAAGGUGGCUAUGAUGUGGAUGCAAUAUUUGAGCAAGCUAGGCAGAUGGGUGCCAUGCAAGGACCUUUUCAGCCUCAGUCCUCUAGUUCAAGAAGUUUCACUGGAACUGGCAGGCAUGGAUUUGCUGUGAAUAAUGGUGCGUUAAGGUGGUUUGAUGAUCCUGAAAAUGCAUCCUUCCUAGAGAGCAUUAGAAAGUCUGAAUGCCCCAAAGAACUUGAGCCAGCACAUCGGAGGUUCAUGGUUAAUGUCAAUCCCAUUCGGAGGGAAGAAAAUUGCCCUGUAUGUAUUCUGUCCACCUCGGUUUUACAGCUAUGUUUCCUUGUAUAUCGAGUUACCCAUGCUAUUCUUCAACCUGUUUCAGGAGCCUGUGAGGCGUCUCUUUUCAUUUCAAGGUGUAGGAAGGACACUUGGGGGUGGGGUGAUUCUGACAGUUCUUUGGUUGAACUUGGUGUUAAUAAUGCUGCAUCCAGUACGGUUCCGUCAUCUUUAGGUAUUGUCGAUGCCUCUUUGCCCUUGACUACAAUUCAGCUAAGGUUAGCCGAUGGCAUUCGCAAGGUUUUACGCUUUAAGACUCGUCAUACGGUGGGUGGCAUCAGGGCCAUCUUCAUGCAUGCAGACGUCGUGGACAAGUGGUUGAUGGCUCUAGGGUUCUCGGGCGCCAUCAUGAGCGGCAUCGCCACGCCUAUGGUUCUCUUCAUCACCAGCAACAUGAUGAAUAACCUCGGCACCGGCCCCUCCCUUUCUCCUCGAUUCAUCGACCAGGUGAAUAAGAAUUCGCUCUACUUGGUGUACCUGUCACUUGGGGUCUUCGUGACGUCCUUCUUGGAAGGAUUUUGUUGGACGAGGACGGGGGACAGGCAAGCAAUUCGAAUGCGGACGCGAUACUUGAAGGCAAUACUCAGGCAGGACGUGGAGUACUUCGAUCUCAACGCUACGUCCAUGUCCGAGGUCAUCACCAGCGUCUCCAGCGACAGCCUCAUCAUCCAAGACGUCAUCGGCGAGAAGGUGCCCAACUUCAUAAAUAAUAUGGCGUUGUUCGCUAGUAGCUACUUGGUAGGAUUCCUUAUGAUGUGGAGGCUGGCGCUGGUCGCCUUCCCCACGUUCUUGCUUCUCGUCAUACCUGGGAUCAUGUACGCGAGGAUGUUCAUGGACCUGGCGAGGAAGAUCCGAGAUGAGUACGAGAAGGCAGGCGCCAUCGCCGAGCAAGCCGUCUCCUCCAUCAGGACGGUCUACUCCUUCGUGGCCGAGCGGCGGACCAUGAGCGUGUUCUCGAACGCGCUCGAGGAUUCAGUCAAGCUCGGGCUACGACAGAGCUUGACCAAGGGCAUCGCCGUCGGGAGCAACAGCGUGACCUUCGCCAUCUGGGCCUUCAUGGCCUGGUACGGCAGCCGGAUCGUUAUGUACCAUGAAGGCAAGGGCGGCACCGUCUUCGCCGUUGGAACUGCGAUCGUCACUGGAGGGCUGGCGCUCGGAUCCGGGCUUUCCAACAUCAAGUACUUCUCGGAGGCGAGCUCAGCCGGAGAGCGGAUCAUGAAAGUGAUAAGAAGAACACCGAGAAUCGAUUCAGAUAGCACAGAGGGUACGGUAAUCGAGAAUCUUUCUGGGGAUGUGGAGUUCAGAUCGGUCGAAUUCGCGUAUCCUUCGAGGCCGGAAAACAUCAUCCUGAGAGGCUUUGAUCUGAAGGUUCCGGCUGGGAAAACGGUGGCUCUGGUGGGCGGCAGUGGAUCAGGGAAGUCGACCGUCAUUGCGUUAAUGGAGAGGUUCUACGAUCCACUAGGGGGUGAGAUUUUUCUGGACGGAGUGGAUAUUAGGAGCGUCAAACUCAAGUGGCUAAGGUCACAGAUAGGAUUGGUAAGCCAAGAGCCAGCUCUCUUUGCGACCUCCAUAAAGGAGAACAUGCUCUUUGGCAAGGAAGAAGCAACCAUGGAGGAGGUGGUGGCUGCUGCAACGGCCUCGAAUGCCCACAACUUCAUCUCUCAGCUGCCUGAGGGUUAUGACACACAGGUAGGGGAAAGUGGCGUUCAGAUGUCAGGAGGUCAGAAGCAGCGGAUAGCGAUCGCAAGGGCUGUGCUGAAGUCGCCCAGGAUUCUUCUGCUUGAUGAAGCUACAAGCGCGUUGGACUCGGAGUCGGAGCGAGUCGUCCAAGAAGCACUCGACCUGGCGUCCCUCGGUCGGACCACCAUCGUCGUCGCGCACCGCCUGUCCACUAUCAGGAACGCCGACGUGAUCGCCGUCGUGCAAGCCGGCCGAGUCGCGGAGCUUGGCUCCCACUACGACCUCAUCCGUGAUGAAGAUGGACUCUACUCAUCCCUCGCUCGCUUCCAACAGACGGCGGGAGCAGCGGGAAGCGAUGCGCCUAGCUCAUCCUCGUCAGCGUUGGUGGCCUUCCCUCAACCCGGUAGCAGCGAGAGCCACAGGUUAUCGUUGUGCAGCAGAUCAAGCUCCACUAGUUCUUCGCGCCACCAGGAGGUGCAAGAGGAGUCCGAGGCUGAUGCUCCUCCCCCGGUUCCAUCUCUGCGGAGGCUGUUGCUACUUAACUUACCUGAAUGGCGGCAGGCGGCGCUGGGAACCUUGGGAGCGAUGGCUUUCGGGGCGGUGCAGCCACUGUACUCCUUCUUGAUGGGAAGCAUGCUGUCGGUGUACUUCAUGAAUGAUCAUAACGAGAUCAGGUCAAACACGAGGAAAUACAGCGUCGUUUUCCUCGCCAUGUCUAUCUUUUCCUUCUUGGUCAACAUUCUACAGCACUACAACUUCGGGGCCAUGGGGGAGCACCUGACAAGGCGGGUGAGGCAGAGGAUGCUCACCCAGAUUCUUACAUUUGAAGUUGGGUGGUUCGAUCGAGACGAGAACUCUACUGGCGCCAUCUGCUCUCGACUGGCAAAUGAUGCCAAUGUGGUUCGAAUGCUGGUGGGUGAUCGGAUGUCUUUGAUCAUUCAGACAGUCUCUGCAGCGACCAUAGCAUGCACGUUGGGUCUGGCCAUUGCAUGGAAGCUGGCCCUCAUCUUGAUCGCCAUCCAACCCCUGAUGAUAGCAAGCUACUACUACCGUAUGGUUAUUAUUAGGAGCAUGUCCAAGAAGGCUAUCGAGUCGCAGUCGGAGAGCAGCAAGGUGGCUGCCGAAGCUGUCGCCAACCUUCGUACCGUCACCGCGUUCUCGUCGCAGGAUCGGAUUCUCCACCUGUUCGGGAGAACCCAAGAGGGCCCGAGCAGGGAAAGCGUCCGGCAGUCCUGGUUAGCCGGCAUCGUCCUCGGCGUCUCCCAGGCUCUCAUGAGGUGCAGCUGGUCUCUGGCCUUUUGGUACGGCGGCCGGCUCAUGUUUCAUGGCCACAUCACCGCCGAGGCUCUCUUUCAGAACAUCCUCAUCCUGGUUAGCACAGGCCGUGUCAUCGCGGAGGCCGGCAGCAUGACAUCGGACCUCGCCAAGGGAGCAGAUGUCGUCGGCUCUGUUUUCUCAGUGAUGGACCGGGUCACCCACAUUGAACCCGAAGAUGACAAAGGCCAUCGCCCGGAGAAGCUGAUCGGCGAUGUCGACAUCUGCCGGGUUGAUUUCGCAUACCCAGCGCGGCCGGACGUACUCAUCUUUAGAGGCUUUUCCCUCACCAUCGAGGCCGGCAAGUCGACUGCGCUGGUGGGGCAAAGCGGUUCGGGCAAAUCGACCGUCGUCGGACUCAUAGAGCGAUUCUACGACCCGCUCAAUGGGACGGUGAAGAUCGAUGGCAGGGACUCGAAGUCGUACCAUCUCCGGUCGCUGAGGAAACACAUCGGGCUGGUGGGACAAGAGCCGGUGCUGUUCGCUGGGACGAUCAGAGAGAACAUAGCGUACGGCAUGGAGGCGCCGACGGAGGACGAGAUCGAAGACGCGGCGAGGACGGCCAACGCGCAUGACUUCAUCAGCGGCCUCAACGACGGCUACGACACGUUCUGCGGGGAGAGAGGGGUGCAGCUGUCGGGUGGGCAGAAGCAGCGGAUCGCGAUCGCAAGGGCGGUGCUGAAGAACCCGGCGAUCCUGCUGCUGGACGAGGCGACGAGCGCGCUGGACAGCCAGUCUGAGAAGGUGGUGCAGGCGGCGUUGGAGACGGUGAUGGCGGGGAGGACGAGCGUGGUGGUGGCGCACAGGCUGAGCACCAUUCGCAACUGUGACCUUAUUGCGGUGAUGGAGAAGGGGGUGGUGGUGGAGAAGGGGACGCAUGCCUCGCUGCUGGCCAAGGGGCCCAAGGGAUCCUACUAUAGCUUGGUUAGCCUGCAACAAGGGAACAUGGGUGUAUGA